AUGUCAUUCUGGCCAUUUGGGCAGAACUUUAAUAGUUCCAAUAUAAAUGGAAUCUUGGAGGAGUACUUCCAUGUAAUGCAUGGUUUGGAGAAGCAAGCUCAGAAAAGGACUGGCUCCAGGAAUACCAACAAUAGUGAUGCAACAAACACUGCUCUAGUUGCUGCUACUGAUACUGCCACCGUAAAUGAUACCGAUCUCAAUGAUAGAGUUAAUAAUGACAACGACAAUGAUGAUGAUAAUAGUAAUAUGAACAGUAACAAUAAUAAUAACGAUGAUAACGACUACGACUUCGAUGAUAAUGAAAACCAAAACGAUGGAGACGAAGAUAUGAUUACCAGAGACUCUGUUGGUUUAGAUGUUCAUGGUAUGGGGAUUGGUGGUAACAUCGCUUCCAGUGAUACCAUGGUCAGUGCUUCUGCCUCUCUCUCUAACGCCUUAGGUAACUCAUCGACGAAAUCACAACCUUCACUGAUACCAACUCCAAGACAUUUUAACAACACAAACAUCAACAUUGGGGAAUCUGCGCCUCCAAAAUCAACCUCCUCAUCUCGUACAGAUUCUCUAUCCAGCGCGUCGACUUCAACGAGCUCGGCGUCGAAUCCUAGUGAAGACGAUGGUCAGUUCACUUUCCAAUCUCUCAAUCAUAAAUUUAUGGAUGAUAUUUUGGAAGAAACAGAACUUUUGAAUGAAUUAACAAGACAAAAUAAUACUCUUUUAGAUUUUGUUUGUUUUGGUUACUUUUAUUCAGAAAAUGGUGAAAAAGUUGAUAACAUUGCGUACUUAAUCGACUGUCUACUAGAAUGUAUUGAUAGAAUUGAUGAUGACAACGAUCCGGCUUCAUUUGAGGACGAUGAAGUCGCUACUGAUAAUGAUAAUGAAAAUAAUAGUGUCACCAACGAAACACUAGACGAAAAUGACACAAAGAGUACUGGUACUGGUUACAAGAGGACUAAUGAUACCGAUAUCGAUAAUAGUAACAACAAAAAACUAUCUGGGGAAACUGAUCAACUUCAAGAUAAUGAUAUUUUGAGUGAUAUCAAAGAAUCUUUUCAAGACCCCCAUAGCUUCUCAUCGGCUUCACAUGAUGAUUCAAUAAUUCCCAUGUUAGAUUCCAAGUUAAAGAAAAAGUCUACUUUUCUCAAUAAAGCUAAUAUUAUCUCAGAAAUAUUUGCAUUGGAUAUUUGGUUAAUUAGCGAAUCACUCGUGAAGAAUACGGAGUAUCUAAAUAAGAUAUGGUCUAUUCUCUACCACCCAAAGUUCACAGAGGAAAAGUCACCUCUAGUUCCUAUCUUUCUAAAGAUAAACCAAAAUCUACUUCUGACUAGACAGGACCAAUAUUUAAACUUUAUUAGGACAAGGGAAAACCUUGUUCAAGAUAUGCUAAAGCAUAUUGAUAUAUCUCUCCUCAUGGAUUUCUUCUUAAAAAUAAUUGCAACUGAUAAACAGGAGGCUCCCACAGGUAUCAUCGAACUAGUCUCUGAUCAAAAACUUAUUGACCAGCUAUUCUCUUUCCUUGUUAAUGAUAAAUAUUCCGCAGAUAUUCAAGCUUGCACUGGUGACUUCAUCAAAUCGAUUAUUGCAAUUUCUGCAAAUGCUCCACUUGACGAAAUGUCUAUUGGACCCAACAGCUUAACAAGAGAAUUAGCCUCAGAAAAAUGCAUAGAUUACUUAUUAAACUGCAUAGUCAAUGAGAGAGGUCCUGCGUUGAUAACAGCAGUUUCCAUCACUAUCGAAUUAAUAAGGAAGAAUAACUCAGACUAUGAUCAGGUAAACUUGUUAACAACUACUAUAAAAAGCCAUCCUCCUUCUAUGAGGGAUCCAGUGUAUUUGGGUGUGAUGUUAAGAAAGUUUUCUGAACAUCUUGUAAGUUUGAAGAAUAUUUUAUUCGAUAUUGCAAAUGAUGAUUCUCUUCCUUUGCUCGAAAACCAGAUUGGCGAAAAAUAUAAGCCAUUAGGAUUUGAGAGAUUCAAGGUUGUUGAACUAAUUGCAGAACUAUUACAUUGUUCCAAUAUGGGAUUGAUGAACUCCAAGAAAGCUGAAAGGAUAGUGAAGGAACGUGAUCAGAUAAGAACGGAACUGGUCAAGCAGUUAGAAGAGGCAUUGACAGACUUGAGUAUAAAGCCGAUCAGUAAUAGUAGUAAUUCUACUGCGGAAUCACCCACUGAACUGAACCUUGAAGAUGAUGUGGAUGAAUCAUUCGAGGUCCCUUAUGUCAACGACAAUCAAAAUGCAAAACUAAGGUCCAACCCUACUGUUGGUGACUCAUUCAAAAUAAAAUUAUACGAUUCUCAACUACUUCCUAUCAUAAUUCAAUUAUUCAUUCAAUAUCCCUGGAACAACUUUUGGCAUAAUGUUAUAUUUGAUAUCAUCCAGCAAAUAUUCAAUGGAAGGAUGGACUUUUCUUACAAUUCUUUUUUGGUUUAUUCUCUAUUCAGUAAUAAAAAUGCUACUCGCUUUGCAACAGAUAACGGUUUGGAUUCCCCUCCUAUUGAUUUUCAAAUUACAAGAGAUUUGGUGUUGUUAGGUUAUAAAAACUCUCAUAAGUUUUACGAAACACACAAGACUACACUUGGAUUUAUGGGACAUUUAGUAUUGAUAGCAGAGGAAAUUGUCAAAUUUUCUAAGGUUUAUAAGGUUGAUUUGAUAUCACCUGAUAUCUAUCAAGUUCUACUUGACGAAGACUGGGAAUUUUAUUCAAACGAUAUUCUUAACGAUACCAGGAUUAUGUAUUCGAAGAUUUUGGGUGGUGGUGAUUAUGUUGAAGAUGGUAAUAUAGCUGGAGAUAUUGUAAUGGGAACAGACCAAGAUCCAAACAGCUUUUCUACACAACAGGACCUUCACCAAAAAUUAAGAGAAAAAUUGAUAGAGAAAAGUAGAAAAGAAGUGGAUGACAAGAAUGAAAAGAAUGGCGUAAUUAUACUCCCUGCAGGUCCUUAA